GUGAGAAACACGAGGGGGGCUGCAGACACGUCACUUCAUCUGUGAACCGCUGAGUCGAAAGAUACAUUUAUUUGCUGUUUUCUGCACACGGACGUGCGCCCGCGGUGCCUCAUCAGCGACACACCGCAUCAUUUAUUAUUAUUCUUAUUAGUAUUACUAGUCACCGCGAAGUCUCCCCAAAUGAGCCAACAGCGCCCCUACGAAGGCUUCUCCUACCCGGCAGAGUUCCAAAGCGGGGUGGGCGGUGCCGGUGACACGACUUUCCCCGCUGCCCGCGCCACACCUCCGGCCUCGACUUUUCCCGCCGGCGCGGUGGGAGGUGUAAGCAACACGGGCCUCACCCGGCGCUCUGCCCAACACACUGGCAGUGCCCUCACGAGCAACUUCGCUUCAGCCGUAGCGAACAGCAACGCCUCCUCGACGGGCAACGGACCCGUCACGGUGCCGAUCAACGCCUCGUCCCCCAGCGGGAACGGCCAGGUCCUGGGCAGCUACGGCUACUUCCACGGUCACGGCAACAGUAUCGACGUGAACAGCGGGUACAACAGCGACUCCGGCAGCUCCGCGUCGAACCUGCACUACAUGUCCGGCAGCGGCUACCCGAUGACGGGGAUGUCGUCCCGCGUGGCGGAUGUGGCUGUGGGGGUCAACGAGACCUCAAACGCGACGGACGUCUCGCCGGUGCGCCUGCCGCCCGCACCGCGCUUCACUGCCGCCCGACAGGGAUCGGCCGUGCCGGGCGCGAGCUGCGGCGACGGCAAUAACAACAGCGGUGGCGGCGGCGUUUUCCAAACCGGCGGCAGCGACGGGCGUGCGGGGUCGGCGGCAAACAGCACCCGCAGCAGCGUCUCCGGGCGGCCGCCCGUGGCCCCACCCGCCUUCCUCCCCUCGCGCCCCUUCCCUCAGACCCCACCACACAAUUUGUCCUCUCCCCCGCCGGGUGGCGCUGCGCAGGCGCAUUCACAUCAGCAGCAACCGUACAUGUUGCCGAUGCCGUCUUCGAUGCACAGCGCGGAGCGGCACGGCGGCAACGACCCACUGGGGGAUUCGGGCUCGCCGGACCUCAACGCAGCACCGCGUCUGCCGUUCAUGAUGGGUCCGAGCACGGCGGGCCCACGCAUGCCAACCGUGUCGAGCGACAGCGGCCACGGCUACGGCGGCGGCGGGGGAGGCGGUGGUGCGUCUACCAGCCUCAGCGGCGGCUUCCUUGGCCGCUUCCUCACGCAGGUGCUGCCCACCUUCGACGACGGUAAUUCCAUGAAUGCGCAAGGCGGCGGCGGCGGCAGUCUUCCCCGCGAGCGGCCGCCGUAUCAGCUGCGCUUUGGGUGCCCUGAGGAUGAUCUGCCUCUGCUGGAGGAGCUCGGCAUUUUCCCGCGGCACAUCCUCGACAAGGCGCGUGCGGUGCUGAACCCCUUCAAGACGAUGAGCGUUGACGCAGCCAAGGACCCGGAUUUGGCCGGCCCCGUCCUCUUUGCCCUCUCCCUCGCCCUUCUCCUUUCCCUGCGCGGCAAGAUCCAGUUUAGCGCCAUCUACGGACUUUUUGUGCUUGGUGUCGCCUUUUUCAAGGUCCUGCUGUCGCUCAUGCAGCCGAAGGGCGGUGGCGCGCCGCUGCAGUUAGUGGUAAGUACGGUGGGGUACGGCCUGCUGCCCACCGUGCUGUUGGCGCUUGUUCGCACGACGUGCUCUUGGCUGCUCACGCGGCGCAGUCUCUUGCCGUUGACGUUGUUGAUGAUUCUCUGGUCCGCGUGGUGCGGGUCGUCGCUGGUGGCGAAAGGCCUCGGCAUGGAGGAGCAGCGCUACCUCGUUUUGUAUCCCAUGCUGCUCUUUUACGCCGCCUUCGAUGCGCUGACCGUCUUCUGGAUGGGGGGGGGGGAGGAGGCAACGGAGGCCCGACUUGGCACGACAUGUCGUGUAGUCUUCUUUAUUUUUUCUUUUCAGUAUUGCGUGCACCUGCGUGUUUGUUUCUGA